UUUGAGGACAAUAAAUCCACAUGGAGUGUGUUUCUACCAUCUAAGUCAUUUCUAUUUAUGUUUACUGAGCUCUAGACACAUGAUGGAACUGUAAAUAAAUAUAUAUUUUUUGGCUGCACGAUGAAUCGGAUGACUACAAUCUGGAAGAAAGCAAAAUAAUUGUUUCAUUGUCGGCGGCGAUUUGCUUAGUGGAUGGAACAAUGCCAGAAAGGCUAACAGAGAUGUUUUUGGAUAUGUGGGCUCCAUUAGUAAUAUUAUGGAUUACUGCAUUCCCAUCUGUGUACAUGACUCCUAUGAAUCAUGCUCAAGUGUUACCAAUCCGAUCCAGUAGAGGACUCAGUGAGUUAAGUGAAGAACAAAGACUGCUGAACCGUACAAAGAGGGGCUGGGUAUGGAAUCAAAUGUUUGUCUUGGAAGAGUUUUCUGGACCAGAACCUAUAUUAGUUGGUCGGCUACACACAGACUUGGAUCCUGGAAUGAGCAAUAUCAAGUACAUUCUCUCAGGUGAUGGAGCUGGGACUAUCUUUGUGAUCAAUGACAAGACAGGGGACAUUCAUGCAAUGAAAAGGCUUGACCGAGAAGAAAAGGCAGAGUAUACACUGACGGCCCAAGCAGUCGAUAGGGUUACAAACAAACCUCUAGAGCCUCCUUCGGAAUUCAUUAUUAAGGUCCAAGACAUCAAUGACAAUCCACCAGAAUUUGUUGAUGGUCCAUAUCAUGCAACUGUUCCAGAAAUGUCACUUGUGGGUACUUACGUGACUAAAGUGACAGCCACUGAUGCUGACGAUCCUGUUUACGGAAACAGUGCCAAGCUGGUCUAUAGUAUCUUGGAAGGGCAGCCUUACUUUUCAGUUGAACCACAUACAGCUAUUAUUAAAACUGCUCUUUCAAAUAUGGACCGGGAAGCCAAGGAGGAAUAUACUGUCGUCAUCCAAGCAAAAGAUAUGGGUGGGCACAUGGGUGGACUGUCUGGAACGACCACCGUGACAAUUACUCUGACUGACGUCAAUGACAAUCCUCCCAAGUUUGCACAAAGUUUGUAUCAUUUUUCAGUCUUGGAAGACAUUGCCAUUGGCGAACCAGUCGGAAGGGUUAAAGCAAAUGACCUGGAUAUUGGUGAGAAUGCUAAAUCAUCCUAUGACAUUAUUGAAGGAGAUGGAAUGGAUAUCUUUGAAAUCACCUCAGACUCCCAGACACAGGAAGGCAUUAUUAGAUUGAGAAAGCCUCUGGACUUCGAGACCAAAAGAUCCUAUACUCUAAAGAUAGAAGCCACUAAUGUACAGGUUGAUCCACGUUUCAUUGGUGUGGGACCUUUCAAGGAUACAGCGACAGUAAAAAUCGUAGUAGAGGAUGCUGAUGAGCCUCCAGUCUUUUCUUCGCCAACCUACCUUCUGGAAGUGCAUGAAAAUGCGGCUAUUAACUCUGUGAUUGGUCAAGUGACUGCUCAUGAUCCUGAUGUAUCUUCAAGCUCAAUAAGGUUUUCUAUUGAUCGGAACACUGACCUUGAGAGACAAUUCAACAUUAAUACACAAGAUGGAAGAAUAACAUUGGCAACCCCACUGGAUAGAGAAACCAGCACAUGGCACAAUAUAACCAUUGUAGCAACGGAAGACAGAAACCCCAGUCAAAUAUCUCGAGUGCCUGUCGCUAUCAAAGUUCUCGAUGUAAAUGACAACGCUCCCGAACUUGCAUCUGGGAAUGAAGCAUAUUUGUGUGAAAAUGGAAAAACCGGAAAAGUCAUUCACACCAUGAGAGCCAUUGACAAAGAUGAUCCUAGAAACGGACACUAUUUUGUUUAUAGCCUUCCACCUGAAAUGAUCAACAAUCCCAAUUUUACAAUUGAGAAAAACCAAGAUAAUUCACUCAACAUUUUGACAAAACGUAACGGAUUCAGCCGCCAGAAGCAAGAAGUGUAUUUUCUGCCAAUCAUAAUCAGUGACAGUGGAAGUCCUCCAAUGAGCAGCACCAGCACCCUCACCAUAAAGGUCUGUGGUUGCAGCAGUGAAGGUAUUGCCCAGUCCUGCAAUGCUGAAGCUUAUGUCCUUCCCAUUGGUCUCAGCAUGGGUGCGUUAAUUGCAAUACUAGCCUGCAUCAUUUUGCUGCUAGUCAUCGUGGUGCUGUUUGUCACUCUGAGGAGACACAAAAACGAGCCUCUUAUCAUCAAAGACGACGAAGAUGUGAGGGAGAACAUAAUUCGUUACGAUGACGAAGGUGGCGGCGAAGAAGAUACAGAAGCAUUUGACAUUGCAACUUUGCAAAACCCAGAUGGAAUCAAUGGAUUUUUGCCUCGGAAGGAUAUCAAACCUGAUCUACAAUUCAUGCCCAGACAGGGACUGGCACCUGUCCCAAAUGGUGUUGACGUUGACGAAUUUAUCAACGUAAGGCUUCAUGAAGCUGACAAUGAUCCCACAGCCCCUCCUUAUGACUCAAUUCAGAUUUAUGGGUACGAAGGACGAGGGUCAGUAGCUGGUUCUCUAAGUUCCUUAGAGUCUUCAACGUCAGACUUAGAUCAAAAUUUUGACUACCUCAGUGAAUGGGGUCCCCGUUUUAAAAGACUUGGGGAACUUUACUCAGUGGGCGAAAGUGACAAAGAAACUUGACAGUGGAUUACAAACUUCUUUUUUUCACCUUUGACUUAAACACUCAUGUAAUAUUCUAGGGCCACUGCUGUUAGUUAUGACUAAUGUGGCUUUUUGUUUAGGGGCAACUUUAGUGCCAGUCAUCAAUAAAAUCAACUACAUUGUAAUGUUGAACCAAAAAAAAGUACAUAAAACAGAAGUAUAUGUUAGGAGGUCUGAGUCUUGUGGAGUGUGAAGUGAAGUAUGUAGAGUGUCUAGAAGUCUUUGGAUAUUCUAUAUUCACAUGACCACUCUGAAGAUGGGGUUCGGGUUGUUGGUUAUCUUUGGUGACAAGGGUGGAUAUGAAAUGGAAAAAGAUGCUUCCUUGCAUAAUGACCCUCUCUGGAUUGUUGCUGAGGAAGAGUAUCUUCAUAUCUUCUAACAGUUCGUAGAGAGCCAAUGGUUUUGUUUCUACAUUGCCAACAAAGAUUCUACUACUACUGCUACUGCUACUACAAAACAAAAAGGAAUGUCAACAAAGCAAUAUCUGGUCUUCUUUGCAACGCAGAACAAUGAUUUUUAAAAAAGCAUUGGUAAUGUUUCUUCUGGCCUCAACUGUGCAGUGACCACAACUUGUACAUAGGGUAACUGUUGGCCACAAAAAACCACAGACUAAAUAUCACCUUUGUGUCAAGCCUUAAAAUAUUCACAUGUUCUUAAUUCAUUCCAGUGACAGGAUCCAAGCUCCACAGUUGUGCAAAAGUCCAACAGAUGAGAGGAGAAACUGAAACUUCUCUGCUUUUAAAACAGAACGGAUUGUUUUCUAGAAUGAUGACUCCUAUCAUCUACUUUGUCUUCUAUAGGGAAAAGGGGGAAAUAUCUGUGAUAGAAGAUGGACUCACGUGUUAUAAAACAUAAGCUGAUUUUAUUGCUAAAGAACAAAUUUAUUUGUUUAAUCCUUGAAAUAAAUAUUUUAUUGAUGUCCAUUACUGCUUUUAUUUAUUAAGAUUGGUUGAGCAAGAGUAUAAGGAAAGAGUAACCAUCUAAAUUAUAUCCAUUAAUAAAAUGUUAAAAUUAUUUGUUCUAUAUAUAAAAUGAAUGUUAAAUGAAAUGUACAUUUUUCUAAGAAACGAAUGCAAGGGACGUUAGCAGUUGCAAAGCUAGAAGUGAAUGCUGGCAGGGUGAAAGGCGUUCCAGAGGAAAAAGUCACUUUGGACCAUUUUAUAUUUUCUUCAUGCAAUGAAUAAUUAGUGUUUUCAUAGAAGCACAAGCAACCGGAAACAAAUUGGUUCGUCUAAAUAUUUAAAAAACAAAGAAACCAACAACUCUAAGACUCUUAAAAGUCCACAUAUUGCACCAUGGUGUCAAACCUACUUAUAAUUUUUCACCAUAUUAGAAGAAGAUCCGGUGUGUAUAUAAAUUUCCUGCUUAUCUUUUAAAUCUUUUUUUAAUAUGAAAAAGAGCCUUUAUGGUUAUGCACAGGGAUCUCGCUCACAAAAAAGAACGGCAUUUUAGAGGUUGUUGACAUCCUCGGUUUGUAACGGAAACUUACUAUUUAGAAGUAGCAGCAGUAUAAUAAAAUUAAAUAUGACAUUAAAAUGAUAUUUUAAUUUUUUUUUCUAUUUUAUGUUUUGGUUUGAUGCUAUUAUUUUGUUUAUUUACUCCAUGUAUUGUAGUCACAAAACGAAAACAAAACAAACUCCUGUAUCGUUUCCUACUUUGUGGAAAUAUAUUUUUAUAAAUA